UGCUGCUGUUGCUGCUGACACAGAAACCGGCUGUCCUGCGCUGAAAGGGAGAACACACACCGACACGGCCCGUUCACCUCAUCUCAUUUUGGAAGGAGUCCCUCUGUAGCAAUUUGGAGAUUAUACUCACCCAAGCUUCAAGAUGAUCAAGAACGGGCAUCACCACCACCAAGUGAACACAGCAGCCGGGAAAGACGCAGGGACGACCCCCGGCACUGCAGCCUGCAGUCCGGAGAAGAGGAGGCGAAGAAUCCGGGUGUGGUGCGAUGGCUGCUAUGACAUGGUCCAUUAUGGCCACUCCAACCAGCUGCGACAGGCCAAGGCCAUGGGAGAUUACCUUAUCGUUGGAGUACACACAGACAGUGAGAUUGCGAAGCACAAGGGUCCGCCGGUCUUCACUCAGGAAGAAAGAUACAAGAUGGUGCGGGCCAUAAAAUGGGUGGACGAGGUCGUGGAAGGAGCGCCUUAUGUCACGACCCUCGAGACCCUCGACAAGUACAACUGUGACUUCUGUGUGCACGGAGAUGAUAUAACACUAACAGUGGACGGGAAAGACACCUAUGAAGAGGUGAAGAAGUCAGGGCGGUACAGAGAGUGUAAAAGAACCCAGGGAGUUUCAACCACGGAUCUGGUUGGCAGGAUGCUACUGAUGACCAAAGCACACCACAGCAACAUUGAUAGUUCAGACUAUCAGCAGCACACAGACAACUUUGGAAAGGGUUCGCAUGGUCAGAAGGGCCACAGUCCCUGGACGGGGGUGUCUCAGUUUCUGCAGACCUCACAGAAAAUCAUCCAGUUUGCUUCAGGCCAGGAGCCUCAACCCGGAGACACUAUCAUCUAUGUGGCAGGAGCCUUUGACCUCUUCCACAUUGGCCAUGUGGACUUCCUAGAAGCAGUGCAUAAGCUCUCCGUAAAGCCAUACAUUAUAGUGGGGUUGCACUUUGAUCAGGAGGUGAACCGUUAUAAAGGGAAAAACUACCCCAUCAUGAAUGUUCACGAGAGAACGCUCAGUGUCCUGGCUUGUCAAUAUGUGUCAGAAGUGGUAAUUGGUGCACCCUUUGCAGUCACAAAAGAUUUGCUGGACCAUUUCAAGGUGGAUCUUGUAUGCCAUGGAAAGACAGAAAUAUAUCCUGACAAGGAUGGAUCUGACCCGUAUGCUGAGCCUAGGAGGAAAGGUAUCCUGCAUACUGUUGACAGUGAGAACAGCCUCACUACUGAUGCCAUUGUGCAAAGGAUAAUUAAAAACAGAUUGCUAUUUGAAGCAAGGAACCAGAAGAAAGAGGCCAAAGAGAUUGCUGUGAUCCAGGCCAUGAAGCGACAAGAGGAGGAAAAGACUAAAGAAAGAGCCCAGGCUGUGGUGUAGGAAGGCACCAAACAAGCACCAUCAGCUACGCAACAACAUAACACUGACAAGCUCAAUUAAUCUAAAGUCAUGUACAGUAAAAUCAGCCCUUUUAUACGUUAUGACACCCUCCACACACGAUCCUAGCUAAUAACAGCAGUCCUUACAGCAGCCUGUCUAUAGCCAGGGCAGCGUAGUCUGCUGUGGGAUCAUCAGGUAUACAGUGCGUGUGUGCGUGCGUGCGUGUGUGUGGAUCUUCUGUGUAUUCAUAUAUUCUGCAUAUAUGCAACUACAUGUUCAUGUAAGUCAGCAAUCACACAGACCGAUGUCUAACUAUUGAGUCAUGGACAUAACAAUGGAAAUAAGUGGGAGCAAGGGCGCUAUCGAUGUCUUCAAAAUCUCUAUUUUUUUUGUGUUUUGUACUUUUUUUUUUUUUUUUUUUUGCCUUCAAGAAAAAUACCUUUUAUUUUUAAGUAUUAUAUCAGAGGAUUUGGACAUAAAACGGGCAAGUGUAGGCACUGAACUGUAACAAAGUGAUUUGAUUAGUUAUUUCUGUGGGGUUGUCGCUGCUUUCUGCCCAGCAAUGGGCAUGGCCCCACAACUGAUCUAUCCUUGUAUAUACUGUAUGUAGUGAUUACAGGCUGUAUGGAGAAUGCCAAAACCACUAGAAAAUCAGGGGAGAAAAUGCCCCUGCUUCUGUGCAUCUUAGUUGGGUUGUUUGGGCGUGAGAAUGUGUUGGCGAUUUGAUGGACUCUUACGGGACCUCAUGUACAUAUCAGACCUUGCUCCUAUCAGACUGCACUGACUCAGAAAUCAUCAGAACUGUUCUGUUUUAUCGGUAGAGCAGGUUUUUAACUCUAAAAAAAUGCACACUGUUGAGACCUUCACACCUGGCCUGUUUGAGUGCAAUUGCAUUUUUAUUUUUUUUGACCUGCACUCCUUAGAUGUAUCCUAAAAUAGAGAACACUACAGUGUUUUAACAUACUAGUUUUAACCUUUAGUUUUCUUAAUAUAACUAGAGAACUAUGACAGAUGCUCAGUGUUGACUUGAUCAUGAAAUAGGCCUCUUACUGUCAUUGAGCCCUGAACAAUUUAACCUCUGUCAAAUGGGAUUAAAUAAUAUAUUUUUUGUAGAUGUAUAUUUUAAUCACCUCCUCUCCAUUAACUACUGUAUAGAUGGUUUUCAUGUUGUUUUAAAAAGCAUAAUAAUGUCUGUAUGUGAAGUUGGAAUGUAUUCAGUGUAGGCUAUGAUCUGUAUAUUAUUGACACCCAGUUACUGUAGAAACUGAUUGGACUACAGUUUACUAUUGCUGAUAAUAAUAACAUUUUAAUCUGAAA